GUGGUGUAUAAUUUGACCUCUUCUUCACACGUAACUGUGAGAGAACAAUUCUGAUUCAAGAAAUCGAAAGCUCUGAGUCACCAUAUAAUCUCUAUGGUUCGCUAUUAAGAAGAGAGAAGAACACAGAGCAACAGAUAGGGCCUCUGUAUUUGUGUGUGUAUGAUACACACACUUAUAUACAUACAUACAUACAUGUAUAUAUGUAAUGGUAUGUAUAUGUAUUGUUAGGGCAUGGAGGUUGAGGUAUCAGGUUCGGAGCUCACCGGCGGUGGCCGAAUCGAGAGGGUCAAGACAGAGAAGGAUAGGGUUCGGGUGAAGAGGAAAGCGUUGGAGGCUGCGCUUGAGGAAUGUCAGAGAGCUCUCCAAUUGAUCAGUAACACCUCCUGUGUCGACGGAGAAGCCGAUUAUGCGGAGGCGGCGGAGGAGGAGGAGUGCGCCGAGGCUUCCUCAGGGCCGUGCUGCGACAGUGAGGCUGAUGAGAUGUGUGAUCUUCUCAAGUCUAGAGUUGAAUGCCCUGAUUUCCUCGAAAAGCUAGAGAGUGCUCAGGCUUCAAUUCCUCAAAAUAUGACCGAAGAAGGUAAUUCUUGGGACAUGGUCAAUGAAAAUGAUAUAUGGGAAGUUGGCAAUAUCGAGCUGGACCAUGAAGAGUACGUUCUAAUUAAGCAAGAAGAUAUAGUGGAAGGUGUCGCAUGCUUCAUGGCUGCAUAUCUAUUAUCCCUUAAAGAGACCAAGGAUUUGACCCCUACUCAACUCCAGGAAGCCCUGAGCAAAACAUUCUCUGUAAAGAAGAAGAAGGGAAAGCUUCGAAAGGCAUGGGAUGGAAGCAAAGUCAUCUACAAUGUGGCGUCCUGGGGGGCGACAGCUAUUGGGAUUUAUCAAAACCCGGCUCUUCUUAGUGCCGCCUCAGCAGCUUUCUGGACUUCAUGUCGUGUUAUAUCUAAGAUCUUCUAAUCUGCUUUGUGCUGCUCGGAGAAAGUCCUGGACCCCUGAUGCAUAGGGUUCUUCAGUGUUGUGCUGCCGAAACAGCUUCGUAUUCGGCCUACUGUGCAACACCAGCGCCAUUCUUUGUGUGCGCUACGGAUGCACUGAAUGCUGUGACAUUAGAUCCUGUAAAUAUAUUCAGUUAAAGAAAUUCUACGUGCAGAUACAGUUGAUUAGAAUCGGUCUUAAUGUAAUGGUUCUUGAAAUCAGCUAAAGCAUUUCGAAGAGCCUUUUUAGGGCCUUUCAUGUAUACCAUUCUUCACAAAUCAAUAAAUAAUGGUAUAAUUUAAUUGAUUGGAAAGGAACCCUUCAUUUGUUCU